GGCAAUCCAAUGUCUAAGUCGUAAUAUACGUUCCUGGUAGUACGUGAAGAAUAAGAGCGACAGUAGUACCUUCUUUCAUCGUAAAAAUGGCUUUACUAGCGAGAAACAUUUGCAAGGUACUUUCUCAGACUGCCCAAAAGGGAGCUAUUAGGCCCUUACAUGUAGGAGCAAUCCUUCAUCAAGAAAAUAUAGUCGAACAAGAAGGAAAAGUAAAAUGUACUUUAAUUCCGGGAGAUGGUGUAGGACCGGAAUUGGUAUUAUCUGUCCAAAAUGUUUUCAAAGCAGCCAAUGUUCCGAUUGAAUUUGAACCUUAUUUUUUAUCCGAAGUAAAUCCAACAUUGAGUGCACCACUUGAACAAGUUUCAAACAGUAUUGCCAGGAACAAAGUUUGCUUAAAGGGUAUUUUAGCCACACCAGAUCAUUCGCAUACAGGAGAACUACAAACUUUGAAUAUGAAAUUACGCAGAAGUUUAGAUUUAUAUUCAAAUGUAGUACAUGUAAAAUCACUGCCAGGUGUCAAGUCUCGUCAUCAAAAUGUAGAUUGUGUUAUCAUCAGAGAACAAACGGAAGGUGAAUACUCUGCCCUGGAGCACGAAUCUGUCAAAGGAGUUGUAGAGUGUUUAAAGAUAGUGACAGCAACGAAAAGUCAAAGAAUUGCCAAAUUUGCAUUUGAUUAUGCAGUUAAAAAUAAUCGUAAAAAGGUAACUUGUGUUCAUAAAGCAAAUAUAAUGAAAUUAGGUGAUGGCCUUUUCCUUAAAUCAUGUCAAGAAAUUGCCAAAUUAUAUCCUAGAAUUACAUUUGAAACUAUGAUCGUGGAUAAUUGCACUAUGCAAAUGGUAUCCAAUCCUCAUCAAUUUGAUGUUAUGGUGAUGCCUAAUUUAUAUGGCAAUAUCAUAGAUAAUUUAGCAUCUGGAUUAGUCGGCGGUGCUGGUGUAGUCCCUGGUGCAACGUACAGUGCAGAGUGUGUAGUUUUUGAACCGGGUGCAAGACAUACGUAUUCCGAAGCUGUUGGUAGGAAUGUUGCUAACCCAACAGCCAUGCUUUUAUGUGCUGUCAAGUUGCUACAUCAUGUUAACUUGAAACGUUAUUCCGAACAAAUUCGAGAUGCAUUAAAUAAAGUUUUAAAUGAUGGAAAAGUUCUUACAAAGGAUUUAGGUGGCCAAAGUUCAACAACAGAAUUUACAACUGCAGUAAUAAAUUAUCUUCAUUAAUAAUACUCAAAGUAUUUGAUUUGAAAACUAAAUUUAACAAGGAUUAUGUAAUAUAGAAUCUGUCAUGAAAGCCGUACACAUCUAUAGACAUUUGUAGUAUCUAUAGACUAUCGUAGAGUUUAUUUUACAUAUAAUAUUAUAUUACACGUUUAUUUAUUAAAAAAUACAUUUUACGUAAUUGGUCAAACCAGUAACGAAGUUUAACAAGUGUACAGGAAAUUUAGCUUGAAAAGCUUAUUUGUCUAUAAGGCCGUAUGUAAUUUUAGUAAAGUCUAUGUAUUGUUAAAUGUGAUUAUAAGUAUAAUUGAAAAACUAUCUGAUUGCAUAUUAUAGAGUUAUAUAUACAAAUAUAUAUAUAUAUACUAAAUUGUAUAAUAAAUUACACUACCUCACGCA